AUAUGCAGUAUAGACUAUCGACUCACUGCAAGUGAAGACUUAUGCUAAUUGCUUGGCUGCGCUGCUCGUUGAAUAGCCCAGCUGAUUGCCUUUUUGUUUUCCACGCUCCAGCCUAUGUUUUAAUGAUAAUUAUAAACACAUUUAACAAUUGUGCUAGCCUAAUUUUGUUUAAACGAAGGACAAAAUAGAUUCGGAAUUCCACCCAAAACCAGAUUUCUGGCACUCUUUGAAUACCGUUUUAAUCACCAAGAGAGGCUCAAGUGGCCUAUCAUAAGGGAAGCCGAGACAAUCACCCUCCUUUAUGUUUCAAGAUCAGCUGCAACUUAUGUAGGCUACAUUGUCUACUAUGAAUAGUGCGAUGUUCAAUUGAGUCUCUUCAAAUCUUAGUCUUGUGUUGAGAAAUUCGAUUUUCGAUUACGGCUAUUAAAAUUAAAAUAUGCAAUUAUUCUGGUGGCGCGAUGCCUUCUCUGAUUGACAGUUGAAAUUGACACUGGCUGCCUCUUAUCCCGAGCAUUUGAAGCCAUCACUAAUUGCAGGUAGUCCAUCUUUUCAGUGCUUUCGAUUGCAUGGGAACUAUAUGCGAUUAUUUAAGGAGGUAGUUUACGGGUUGUGCGUAAAAGAAAAAGAUAAGUCCUAAUUAUAAUUGCUUCAGCAAAUUUAGCUUUUGUCGCCAGGAUUUAAAUGCAGUAGAAAGUGUUAUUCAUUGUUUUGGACUGGAUAUAGCUUGCAGUAUGGGCUGGUAGGGAUGCGUAAUGCUCAGAGCAGAGCAGGGCGCAGAGCAGACUUUUGGCGCAGCUCCAGGCUUCAUCUACACCGCUGUUUCUCCACAAACAGAAUAGCUUGAUAAUGUCUCACUCGGACGGGGAGUCUCACGCAGAUGUAAAAGAAGAGUCUCCUCUCCUGCCCAGUCCUCCGGUAACACCGUCUAUGUGCUCGCAUCCGACCCUGGCCUCCCCGACGCCAGUUCGGUCCACGGGGAAAAACCAGUGUGCCAACUGCGGCACAGAGAUCCAAGACAGAUACCUACUGAAAGUGAACAAUUUGAAUUGGCACGUGGGAUGUCUGGAGUGUUCAGUCUGCAGAAUAUCAUUACGUCAGCACAAUAGCUGCUACAUCAAAAACAAAGAAAUAUUUUGCAAAUUGGAUUAUUUCAGUAAGUUUGGCACCAAGUGUGGCCAGUGCAGGCGCCAGGUGUAUGCCAGUGACUGGGUGCGGCGGGCGCGGGGCAGUGUGUACCACCUGGCCUGCUUCGCCUGCUACUCCUGUAAGAGGCAGCUGUCCACAGGGGAGGAGUUUGGUCUGGUGGAGGGCAGGGUGCUAUGUCGAGCCCACUACGACACCAUGGUGGAGAACCUCCAGAGAGCGGCUGAGAACGGGACGGGUCUCACUUUGGAGGGAGCCUUCCCCUCUGAUCAGGAUGGCCAACCCAAACCAGCCAAGAGAGCACGUACUUCCUUCAGCGCUGAGCAGCUACAGGUGAUGCAGUCUCAGUUUAACCAAGACAACAACCCUGAUGCCCAGACUCUACAGAAGCUGUCAGACAUGACAGGACUGAGCAGACGGGUCAUACAAGUUUGGUUUCAAAACUGCAGAGCAAGACAUAAAAAGCACCCUCCCCCCCAGCACAACGGUCACCUCCAGGGAGCCCCCCAUCCCCACUCCAGAAUCCCCCCCUCACUGCCAGACAACCUCUACUCCUCCUUCAGCAGUCCCGACAGACCACACCUGCUGGCUCUGCAUGGAUACAUAGACAGUCAUCCCUUCUCGAUGCUGUCCGCCCCUAACCACCUCACCCACCCAGGCAUGACCUUACCACAGUUACCCAUCAGCCGCUAACUAACACCCCUGAGACCACCACUUCCCCCACAAACUUUAUUUCUCACAGAACUUUCCAUCCCGCAAAGUUGAGAACAUUUCAACAUUUGCCUCUCCRAUUUUACUAUACAAGAGGACUGCUGCGGUUUCUUCCGCCUCCAUGGUCUGCAGAGUUGGAAAUAUCACAUUGUCGAUUGGACGGACAGUUUUAUAAUGGCAGCUAGACUUUAGAUCAUCUGUGGAAAAACAUCCCAGUCCAAUAUAAAUAUGAUAAUCAUCAGGACCAGAUUUGACCACCCAUCCAUUGACAGGGAAUAAAUUGGAACUCCAGGACCAGGAUUAGGAACAGGAAGACUCAUCCAACAGGAAAUCUCCUUUCAUUCCUUGUGGAUUAUGAUUUUUCAUCAUCUUAUUCAUCAACUGGUAGCUCUAAAGGUAUUUCAUGUUUCAAUUUCCAUCCUUUUAAAUACACAUUUUUUCUGUAACUCUGUCCGCUUGUUUUCCUGUAUAUAACCCUCCCAUACAUAGACUAUUAUUUAUGUGUAAGGUGACGAUGAAGACUCUUCUGACCUUGUGUGCUGAGAGAGAGUGUUGAGUGUUGUUAUUUACUGUUUCAGUUCAGUAAAAUGGAAAGCUUAUGUGUCGCUUUAUUUAUUAAAAAAUAUACUUCACCAAGAAGCACUUUUAAAAAUGUUUUCAAAAUAAAUAAAUAAUUUAUUGUAAA